AUGUCGGAGUCUACAAAGUCGGAUGGGCAGUGUCCGUGCACGGAAUCAUCAUCAUCGUCUUCGGGCCCCCUUACCCCUCACUGCGUCUGCCCCAGAGAUGAGCACGAGAUCGUGAUCCAUGAGGAAACUUGUCUUCUAUACAAGAAUGAGAAAAUUAUAUUUCCACACGAGCCAGAGACGUGCGAAUGUGAAACUCCACAGUUCGAGGACGGAAUAUGCCAAUGCUGCGCUUGUCUCGUAGAUCAGUGUCGCUGCAAGAAGGCUGGCCGAGAGGUUUUUGAUGAAUGGCGUAGUAAGCGUGACAUUGGCGUAAUGCCUGCCGUGCUCGAGUCCACGCACCCGCUGAUGCAGCGGUUCCAGCAGACUCUCAAGCAGUUUCUCGAAAAGGAGAACACUAUUGCUGAAGAGCAAAUCCUCAAUUUGCGCGAAGAGUUGAGACUGAGUAAGCUGGGCUAUGAGCAAGACUUGGAAGCCAUAUACCGGAGCGACCAUGACACCAAUGCGCAAAGGGCGUUGAUAACAGAAUACGAGUCAACUCUAGCGCAGAGGACUGCGGAGCGGAAGGCGGCAGAGGAACGUGCUCGUGAAUAUAAUGAGAGAUACAAACGUGCCAAGGAUAAGUUGGAACAAGACAUCAUUACGGAACGGGAGGCGACUGAAGAGCUGGAAGCUUUGACGGCGCUGUGCCGACAGCUGGAGUCGUGGCGUACAGAGACCGAAUCCGACCUCACCGUCAGUCAACGCAUGUCCGACAAGAUGCGCGCUGAGAAACGUGCGCUCGCCGACGAAAAACGAGAACUGGAUAUGAUUAUUUUAGGAUUGAGCAACGAAGUGUGGAGGUUGGAGUCGAAGUUGGAAAUGUUUCAGAAACAACUCGAAAUCAAAAAUGUCGAGAUGGAUAAAGUGAACGAUAAGGUGACGGCAUACGCGGCGGAGUUAGAAGACUUGGAGCUGGACAAGAGACGGCUGGUGAGCCUCUGGAACUCUGUGCUGGUCAACAUACAGCAGCGGGAUAAGGUUUAUGACUCUGUACGGGAUGACUACAGAAACCUUCAAGAGAAUUAUCGCACAUUACUGAACAAUUUGGAGAUCACGAAGAAGGCCUUGAUGGAGGAAAUGAAUCGUAGUAAGGAGCUCGCCAUGAAUAAAGACAAGGUCGCGUAUGACAUUGAGCACGCCAACAAGAUGUUCGAUACAGAGGACAAUAAGAGACUUAAUUUGGAAGCGCAAAAUGCUGAACUUAGAGAAGCCAUUGAAAUGGCAGAACGAGAUCAAGAAAUGAUUAAGACCGAGAACCAAACUAUGCUAAAUAUAUUCAAAAGUACGUGCAAUGAAGUUGAUCGUAAAACAGAACAAAAAUUAAAACUGGAGAACGAGAUCCUGAUGAACUUGCAAGACUGUCUGCUCAACGAUAAAGCUGUCGAAUCUAUGGCUAAUGGAAUUAAGAAGAUGCGAGAAUUGUCCAGGAAACAGGAAAUAUCGCUUAUGUCUAUGGAGAAUCAGCAUGCGAAAGUGAUGCUAGACAUUGAGGUGUAUCGUAACCGGCAAGCGCGCAACAACAAGGUCCUAGAAGAGAGCCUGGCGAAGGUCCGUGCGAGGGAGAAAGAAAUAGAUCUACUGCAAGAGAAGUUCGAUCAGAAGGCUCUCCUGGGCACUAGGAAGCAGAGGGAACUCGAUAUCAUCAUGAAAAAAUUUAAUGCUUUGAAAGAAAUAUUCGAUAUGAAGUCACCACAAGAGCGUCGCAUUGAGGAGCUGGAGCAGCAAAUCAAGGGAUUGCGCGAGAGAACAGAAGGUUUGCAGCACGAGUGGCUGCGGCUGCAGGGGCACGUGGUCAAACUCACCGCACAACACCACAAGGUGGUCGCUGAUAUCAACCUUAUUGCCAAACAAAUACAAAUCUGCGAGCAGAAAUCGAUGCGUAUACAGACUGAGUGUGAAAAUGUACUGAUGGAACGUAACCGCGUGGAACGCUCGCUGAGAACUUUGCGUGGUCGUCUGGAGGUUCUCGAGCGGACGCGUAAAGACGCCCUCGAACGAAACGAGACCGCGCAGAAGUCUACGCAGGCGAUCACACACGAAUACGUGGCCAAUCUCAAGGAUGCAGAAACUCAAAUAAUUCAACUAGAAGAAGAGAUCGAAGCGAUGGACAAAGAAAAAGUUAAUCUGACGCAACAGUUGGAUCAAGUUCAAAGAGAAGCACUUAUAUGGCAGAGAAAGGGAAUCUUAGCUGUUGAAUUGAAAAAAAAUAUUCAAAACGCUAAAUCUGCAGCUGGUGAAAUUGGUCAAAUGAAGAAUGAAAUACAUCGAAUGGAAGUUCGUCGCGAACAACUCCGGCGUACUAGUGAGAAAUUGGCAGAAGAUCUCGCUCUAUACGUGACCCGACGUGACACCGCCAUGGACAAGUGUCGCGCCGCCGCCGCAGUAGAGAAGGCGCACGGCUCUAACACCACCUCGCAGUCCUCGUACCAUCAUAAGCUAAGACUGGCCCGGGCUGAUGUAGCUAGGGUUACUAAGGAACUGGCGGAGGCAAAUGCUCAUCUCGAAGAGUUGCUGCAAGAACAGUCACGUUUGGAGAGUGCGCUGUCAGACACGGCUGCUGCCAACGCACGCUUGGAGGAAGAGAUUGCCACGUUACUGUGCGAGUGUCGCAGCGCUGAACGCGAAAAACAAUGGCUUUUGGAACGUGUGGUCCGCAGUCAGCGAUUGGGAAGUGAACUGGCCACGGCAGUGAAACGACAAUCAGUUCGAGUUAAAAAACCUAAAUCGAUCGUUCUCGCGGAGUAUAACCAAGCGCGAUCACUCAACGACCGGCUGCGUUACAUAGUGGAGUCCUUGGUCAAAGAAUAUCCGUAUUUGAAGGAGAAACUUGAUAUUGCCAUGAAUACAUUGAACAUACAUUCCCCGGGAGGAACGCCAAGACUCACAGACGAGGCCGGCAGCUGCUCACAGACCGAUCUUACGGAAAUACAGGAAGAGCCUUCACUGGAAGACGUUGCUGAGAAACCCCUGAGUCCAUAA